CAUCUUCCUUUUCCUCCCCUUCUUUUUUUUUAUUUCUCUCCCUACACCUCAACUACUCCCAGUCGCUGGUCACAUCAUUACCAUUCAACUCUAGUCCUUGUGUGUUGCUUUCCUUUCGUGGUCAGCAAGUUGUGGACACAGACCCGUCGAAGACGGCGCGGAGCCAGCCAACAAGACAAUCCCCCCAACAGCUACCCCGCCAUCCAUCGCCAGGCCUGACAACCCCAAGAACAGCUGCCAUCUUUGCACAUACACACAGCCGCACUCACCCAAACACACGCACAAAGCCAGCUCAACAUGGCACAAGGAGCACCCAAGAACCCAGUGGUCCUCGAGGCCCAUGAGGUGGACACAUUUCAUCCUCCUCAGAAAAUGCUUGACAAGCAUCCGAGCAAACCUCACCUGUCUGGGCUGGAGGACUAUCAGCAGCUUUACAAGCAGUCCAUCACUGAACCGCAAAAGUUCUGGGGCACCAAGGCCCGAGAGCUUCUGACCUGGUCCAAAGACUUCCAGACCGUUCACACAGGAACCCUGCAGGAUGGCGACAGUGCCUGGUUCCUCGAGGGCGAGCUGAACGCCUCGUACAACUGUGUCGAUCGGCACGCUGCCAAGGACCCCAACAAGGUGGCCAUCAUCUACGAGGCAGACGAGCCCGAGGAGGGCCGCAACCUGACUUACGGGCAGCUGCUCCGAGAGGUCUGCAGGACCGCCUGGGUCCUUAAGCAGAUGGGCGUCAAGAAGGGCGACACUGUUGCCGUGUAUCUGCCCAUGAUCCCCGAGGCAGUCAUCGCCCUGCUUGCCAUCACCCGCAUUGGCGCCGUCCACUCCGUCGUCUUUGCUGGUUUCUCGGCUGACUCUCUGCGCGACCGUGUCAUUGACGCUCAGUCCAAGGUGGUCAUCACUACGGACGAGGGCAAGCGCGGCGGCAAGCUCAUCGGGACCAAGAAGAUUGUGGAUGACGCUCUCAAGCAGUGCCCCGAUGUCAGCCAUGUCCUGGUCUAUAAGCGGACGGGUGCCGACGUGCCAUUCACUAAGGGUCGGGAUUGGUGGUGGCACGAGGAGGUCGAAAAGUGGCCUUCUUACAUCGCACCAGAGCCCAUGAACUCCGAGGACCCGCUUUUCCUCCUGUACACAUCAGGGUCGACUGGCAAGCCCAAGGGUGUCAUGCACACCACGGCCGGUUACCUGCUGGGAGCUGCCAUGACUGGCAAGUAUGUCUUCGACAUCCACGAUGGGGACCGUUAUUUCUGCGGUGGUGACGUGGGUUGGAUCACCGGCCACACGUACGUCGUUUACGCGCCCCUGCUGCUUGGUGUCUCGACGGUCGUCUUUGAGGGUACGCCUGCAUACCCCGACUUUUCUCGCUACUGGGAGAUUAUCGACAAGCACCAGGUGACCCAGUUCUACGUGGCGCCUACUGCCCUGCGGCUGCUCAAGCGCGCCGGUGACCACUUUGUGAAGAGUAAGAUGAGCCACCUCCGCGUCCUCGGCUCUGUCGGAGAGCCUAUCGCCGCCGAGGUGUGGAAGUGGUAUUUCGAGGUUGUCGGAAAAGAGGAGGCACAGAUCGUUGAUACAUACUGGCAAACCGAGACCGGAUCCAACGUCAUCACGCCACUCGCAGGUGUCACGCCUACCAAGCCUGGCUCUGCAUCUCUACCAUUUUUCGGUAUUGAGCCUGCCAUCAUAGAUCCCGUCUCCGGUGAGGAGAUCCACGGCAAUGAUGUGGAGGGUGUCUUGGCCUUCAAACAACCAUGGCCAAGCAUGGCGAGGACAGUGUACGGCGCCCACAAGCGCUACAUGGACACGUAUCUGAACGUCUACAAGGGCUACUAUUUCACCGGUGACGGCGCUGGCCGGGACCAUGAGGGAUUUUACUGGAUCCGCGGCCGUGUUGACGAUGUGGUCAAUGUCAGCGGUCAUCGUCUGUCCACAGCAGAGAUCGAGGCGGCCUUGAUUGAGCAUCACGCUAUCGCCGAGGCUGCCGUCGUUGGUAUCGCCGACGAGCUGACCGGGCAGGCUGUGAAUGCCUUCGUGGCCAUCAAGGACGGCAAUGAGUCCUCAGACGCCCUGCGCAAGGAGUUCAUCCUGCAGGUCCGCAAGAGCAUCGGGCCUUUUGCGGCGCCCAAGGCUGUUUAUAUCGUUCCAGAUCUGCCCAAGACCCGCUCGGGUAAGAUUAUGCGGCGUAUUCUCAGAAAGAUUCUCGCGGGCGAGGAGGACCAACUUGGCGAUACUUCCACGCUGUCGGACCCCUCGAUUGUGGAUAAAAUCAUUGCCAUCGUGCAUGAACACCGCAAGAAGUAAAUUUAGCCUGUGUGUGGUGGUUACCUUGGCUGUAGUCGUACUGGCUCCAUCACAUGGCGUGCGCUACUGAGAUAGGGAAGGUCUGUGGUCCGCCAUGAAGGUGCGAAUUUGGAUACCAACUAGAAGGAUGAGGAGGGAGGCCUAUUCCGUGUCAAGCACAUUCAGUUGAAUGGGUACAGGAGUCAGAACCUGAACUGAAGCAACUAUUUUUUUCGUCUAUACAUGUAAGGAGCGACUAUUGUCUAGCGUCUAUCAAUAAUUGUUGCAAAGG